UCGUCCGGGCUUCUUCGUGACGAGUUCACGUCCACUCGUGUCUCUAAACUGUUAUAAUGCAUCUGUCAACUGGUGCAUGUGAAGUUAAACAUUACAUUUCUCCUUGAUUCUGAGAGAAUAGUGCAAUAAACAAUUUUGAAAAAUCUGUGAUUGUGAUUAUUUAUAGAUUCCUCCAAGUGAUUGAGCAGUGCAUUUUUAGUACUUAUCUAUGAUAGUCAUUUUAAUUAUGUUAUCGAUUGAAGUGAAUGAGGUUUUAUUGAACAACUUAUUUAAGGGACUAACUUUUGGGUCGUGUUGUCUUGGGAUGUACCUUAAUUGAGGAAUCCACUAGCGGCGAUAGUGCUAGAAAUACAUUCAAACUGAGUGCAGGAUGUAGAGGAAGUCUCGUGAGGCGACGAAGCGAGGGAAAAUAAGAUAGUUGAAUUACCACGCGACUGACUUUUUUAAAAUAGUGAGCAGACGAGAUUAAAGAAUUCAUGAAACGGAGGGAGAUGGUGAUUUAAUGAGAACACGUGGGAUUUUUUUCAUCGGAGACAACGCAAUGAAGGAUUUUACGGGGUUUCAAAUUUAUUGGAAACACUGACAUCAGCAAAAUGCGUAGCGAAGUGGGCGAAUGGCUGGCAACGUGUGUCGGUUCACCAAUCUGCAUUUUACUGUUGUCGUGGUCAUUGUUGAUAUACCAGAACCAGCCAUCGUCCUUGAAAAGAAGAAUCGACGUGCUGACUGUUGCAAUCAUCAUCGAGAGUUUAGCUCAUCAGAUUGGUUUAUUACUAUAUGCCAUACUCACGCUUAUAAGACCUGCCAAUCACUUUGGAGAAAUAUGCUCCAGCCUCGUUUGGCUGUUGAACACAUCUCGCAUUCUUCAGGAGCUCACAUUAACAUCAAUAGCCAUUUUUGCCGCAAUCAGUAAAGACGAAUUAACUGUGACAAAGAAUCACAUUAAGUACCACUUGGUAUGUCUCACGGUAAUAAGUGCCUGCAUAGGCUUCACCGGAAUACUAAACUUCGAGCCUGAAACAUGUGUAUUUCUCGCUCAAGACGUAUCCCCCAAGUACGGCCUCUUCGUCAAUUCCCUGAGGGCAUUGCUGCUAUUAGGGACCAUUUGCGGUCUUUGUGGGGCAAUUUUCAAGGAUACCUGCCGCAGCCCAAAGUCCGAGUUACUGCAGUCAGUUUCAGAUCUGUCCGAGGCUAGCUCCAAGAAUUCCUCGGGUGCUUUCGAAUGCCAUCCUCACCAUUGGGAUCCGUCAAGUGGCUCGUGCACCAGUGGAUCAACGAACUCUAGGGCUUGUCUGAGAAAGAGGAGACCUCAGGUUGAUGAGACAGGAAGCAGAUCGACGGUUUAUAGCAUAAUUUUUGUGUGCUACAUUUUCGAUCAUCUGCCUGUAUUGAUUGUAUCACUCAGACCGGAACUACUGAGGGACUACUGCACGGUUCAAAAUUUGGCAAUAUGGCUGCCGCUGGUGAAGGACACGAUGCUUCCGGUGUUUUUGGCCAUGUUCGAUAAAAUGUUCUGCCGAUAUGUGGCUAAGGUUUAUACGAAGCAAGAUCGAUCGCGGAAGCUGGCACACUGUGGACUAGACGGAAAAUUCAGGCAUUUUGAGCAGGAUGCCGAGUAUAAACUCCAAUUAAAUCUCAAUCACGGACUGAAAUUUCCACUGACUAAUGGGAGUCUCUACGGAAGACUGCACAGUCAUCAAAAUCGAACGCGAACGGGAACAAUAACAAUGGGUAUCCAGCAUUAUCCCCGGACUCAAUCUUUGAACGAAGACAAUGCCUACGGCUCUCUUCCGGCUGAAUUAACAUCCUUUACUUCAUCAACCUUCGAGCCACGUCACUCGAAAGAAACAAAAUCAAUCGUGUCAGAUCAGCACUCGGCGCAACGUCUUCUCCGUCUGAACGAGAAUUUUGACUUCACUAAUCGUCGAAAAAUCGGCAGUACCGAUGUCUUCGGUCAGAAUAUGGAGAAUCUUGUUCAAUUGGAGGAGCCAAAACGAAAGUUCGCAAAGAGUCUGGACGAAAUACGCGAGGAAGGGCCGAGAAAGCAGGUAAGAAGUGCAUCGAGACUGGAGGCCGCGUCGGCUAGGAGAGAGGAGCAAGAAUUCACGAGAAAUUUGGUCAGGAGAAAUCAGAGUUUUGAUUAUGCCAAGUACUCGAGAACAGGACUCGAUUCGAGGACUUAUGAUGCCAAGGAUCUGUUGAAGAAGGACAGGAGUUUUGAGGUAAAAAGGGAUGGCUAUGAUCAGGAGGCUGGGUAUGAGUCCUCUGACGAUGAGAGCUGUGAUUUUGGAAGCGGAGAUUUUGAUACCAUGAGCUCGUGCAAGAGCCGCAGCAGAAGUUGCUGCUCUGUUACCACUGUUGCUAACGAUGAUUUCGAGUUUUUUCAACGAAAGGGGACGAAGGUAGACGACCUUCUCCCCUCAAAGAAAACCCUUGACACAAAAAUCAACAUGCGGACUUUCACUCCAAAAAUCAUCGAGAAGAGUUGGACAAGCGAAACUGGAUCACAAAAGAGAGAUAAUCCUAAAGAAACCUCGACAAAACCCAUAAUUCAAUCAUAUCAUUUGAAGAAAAUCACGCCGGGUUACUCGAUGAAUGAUUUGGACAAGCUUUACCCUGACACAAAACAGCCCAAUGUCUCAAUGGCAAGCCUCAAAAGUGCAUUGACAAAAUCUGAUAUCAGUUAUCUUGACAAUGGAGAUAUCUGCAGACACAACAUCGGUGGAUCCGCUCCGGAUUUCAAGAAGAUUUUCGUUACGGACUUCAUCUGAGAAUGCUCUCUAUCUUCUCCUUUGACAUUGAUUCAUCCGUUCAAAUGCGAAGAUCGCGACUAUUGCUAAUUACUGUUCUGAGAAAGUUUUAAACGAAUUGAUGUAAUAUACUCAUUAGGUAGAGGAGAAUGUUAUUAACCCAAUGGAUUGUAUAUAAUCGUUGUAUAUUUGUAUCUUAAUAUUUAAAGAUAAAUGUUAUUACUUUGAAAUAUA